AUGAACUUUCCUUCGACAGAAGAUCGAAACUGCCGCACGAAUUUGACAUUUGUGUUUACUAUCGAUGAGUUUAAACAAAAUUUGGCGACUCGUUUUUCAUCAGCUUUAUGGCUGGAAGCAAUUGAUUUUUCUAAGUUGGCCAUUGCUGGAGGAUGUGUACUUAAUGCCAUGUGUCGCUCACCAUUUUCUGAUACUAAACAGCAAGAUGUUAAUCUUCUCUAUUAUGCAGAGGAUACAUCAGAUUUCGAAACAAUAGUACACAGUACUGUCAAUAUUCUAAAGAAAAUAAUUUCUUUUGAUUUAACGCACGCGAUAACAAUGGAAAAAGUCCCAGGAGUGUCUACCUACAAUGUAUUUUUACCCUGUAAUGUUCGACUUAGCUUCUCCUCAAUAUCUACAGGAAAUGCAAAACAACCACUUUCGCAUAUUCUCCAUAAUUUUGACAUGGAUAUUUGCCAAGUAGUAUUUACCGUACCUAUUAAUUUCGAUGGAGAUUUUGAAUUAAUGAUGGCACAGGAAGAAACUCCGCUAUAUCGCGUUGAACAUCAUCAGUAUAUUAAUGAUGACGGUGACAUUCAAAUUGCUACAAAAGAAUUUUAUCGAGUUUCCGCACAUAAUGUCGACACUUUUCGACUUCAGGAAAAAUUCAUGUCAUUCGUUUGUCCACAACUAUUACAAUAUAAAUAA